AUGGGUUGGAGAAAGCUUUUCUCGUCGUUGGGAAUUAUCUUGUUCUCUUGGAUAGGAUGCGCUUUACUACUUGUCGGUCUUUGCUUACACCCUCUUCUGGAAAUCACCGACCCAAAUGAAACCUCAGAAUCAUUAAAAAUUUCCCUCUGGAAAAUCCAGCGCUCGAACGACUCGAUCUCCAGCUGGUCUGCCUAUUCUUCCUCUUCCCCGAUUCCGAUUCAAAUUGGCUGCGCUUCGAUUGUUAUUUCCGCCGUUUUUGGAUUUCUGACCUGUGUGCGGCUGAAUAAAGAAUCGGCUUCGACAUGCUCGUUUUUCGCAAUUUUAGCGAGCUUUUUCAGCGUGACGGCGAUGCUGGCAAUUCCUGUUGCUGUUUUGGCGCAUUUUGUGAUUGUCAAGUUUUGUUUUACGUUCUGGCUAGCUGUUGCUGGAUCUUCGGUUUUGUUCAUUAUUGGUCUAUUUUCUCACGCCAAUCGAGAAUCAAUUCACUCAACUGGAACCUGGACAUUCAUCAAUUUUCUAUUUGCUAUUUUCUCCCUUGGCUCCUGCACACUCAUCGCCAUUUCCACCUCAAAGCCAACCUUCGGCAACUCUGCUGGUUACUGUUCGAACUCUCCAGCUUCUUGUGAAGAAUUCCUGCCAAGAACUUCCGUUGGCUUCUUUUUCAUGAUCUCCCUUAUUUCAUCUUUUCUGGCUUGCAUCUUCAAAUUUCUGCGUUCUCAUCUGAGAGGUCUUGCGAUCGGCUUGUGCUGCCUCUCUCUUGGCUCUGGAGCAUCAGCACUUCUUCUUAUGACGUCUUUCUUGAGCUCUUUCUUCGGGACUGGAGAAAUAACCGACUUCAACUACACAACGGUCUAUCCAGGAGAGGCAUAUUUCCUGGCGAUUGGGGGAGUUUUAGCGAUUUUCUUCGCGCUAGUGCUCGUUACUGUUGAGCCUGUUUGUACUGUUGGAGGAGAAAGGUGGAAGAUGAACAACCAGAAACACAACCAAAAAGUAUCGCAAUGUGACCAGUCGUACGGCUUCUUCAAAGACAAAAGUGAACAAAUGGUGAGUCAGUCCUCCACCACGAACACCAUUUCCGGCCUGGACACCCGCAAACCCGGCGAGCCCGUGCGCAUGACCCUAGAAGACCUGAACCCAAGCCAGGCUGGCACUCCAAUUUAUCGCCCAAAAAAUGCUCUAGAAAUUUUCUAA